UGUGGGGCAGUGAAGCUGGCUACUGGAUUGGAGUUUGGCAACAUCUGGACUGGAGGGGUCGCAUCUCCCUUUUGCACCCAGGGGAGGGAGCCUUGGGCUGGGCACCCAAUGGCCCAGCUCCCCUCUAGUGCCAGCCGCAUCCUGGGUCACAGAGAGUACUUCUAGCCAGUCAACCAGUGGGACCAUACAAUGGAUGGGAGCCUAUGUGGAUUUAAGUGGAAUAGUGCACUGGUGCUCCAGUAUAGGUCCGAGUUUACUAGUGUGCACUGGACUCAUCAGGGGGAGACAGAAGACACGUUGGUCCACAAACCAGCAGGGACACAGCCCCAUUAAUGCUGUGGAAACACUUGAAGAAUGAUGAGCUCCGAACAGGAGGAAACUCUCCGUUUUUUCCAGUAUGUUGAGGAGAAUGGGCUGAGAGCCUACAACGGCCUGGUAGCUCAGAACCUGGACCACGCCAGGAAUGAGAGAAAUAAAGCAUUCCUGCAGGAGAAAAACGACAAAAAGAGAAAACAGGAGGAAGCCAUAAGGAGGACAGGGGAGGACAUUGCAACUGAAGGCAAGCACUUACGCAUGGGCUCCAUUACCAUGCCAGAUCCCCCAGAACGCAUGCCCAUGCCCCACCCGCAUGCCCUCGCCUGUGGGCAGGGCUUCUCUGUCCGCUCCCAGUCCCUCCAUUCUGUCGGUGGUGGGAACACUGGAGGCGGAGGAGAGGAGGAGGUAGGGAGCCCGACCUCUAGGAAACAGCCCCCACCCAAGCCCAGGAGGGACCCGGCCACUAAGCUGAGCAUGUCGUCUGAGGCAGUGGACCACAGUCCCAUGUCCACCUGCCGAGGGGAGAGAUGUGACGCAGCUCAAGGAUGCAGUGAGGACUGCAGGAGGGUGCCCCCACCCAAACCCAAGAGAAACCCCAACACACAACUGAGCGUAUCCUUCGAUGAGUCCUACAUCAAGAGCCAUGGAAGCAGCAGCGUAUGUCACUCCAAACCUCUCCAUCAUGUCACCUCGCCCUGCGAAGGCAACCCGUCGCCCCCACAGAGCGACGAGAGCCCCACAGAUGACUGUGAAGAUGAACCAGUCUACAUAGAGAUGGGUGGGAUCGACGUCGGAGUUCGAGAACCCUUGAAAAGCGAGGAUGAGGAGCCCGGGGAGUCUGUAUACGAGGAGAUGAAGUACCCAGUUCUGGAUGAUAUGGAGUACCGCACUGACCCUGUCGGGUGUCGCUCUGCAUGCCCCACCCCAGCCCCUUACGACCCUGAACCUCUCAGUCGCUGCUCCACGCCUCGAAACAUUCCCCUCUGUGACAUUCCUGCACCCUUUCCUAAUUUACUCACCCAUAGGCCUCCUCUAUUGGUGUUCCCACCGGCACCCGCUCAGUGCUCACCCAACUCAGAUGAGUCUCCCCUUACCCCUCUAGAUGUAGCUAAACUGCCCAUGCUGGAAAACCAGUCCUACAGCAAAUCCCCCACAUCUUCCACUGAGCCACCCUCUUCAGCCCACAUCCGCAGGGAGCUCACUGCCACCCCAACCCUCACUGUGUCAGGCCGCUCCUCUGCGCCUCCUCUCCCCUGUACUCUCUACAAAUCCUCCUCCUCAUCCUCUUAUCAGCGCAGCCACUCUGCCUGUCCAUCACCGGUCAGCAUGGGCCGCUGUCUCACCCCUCUCAGUCUCAUGCGUACACCCCCCUUUGAUGCCCCAAUGCCAUUCCCUGGUGGUUUACCACGCAGCGCCUCUGCCACCCCUCACGGCAAAGGCUCACCACCUCAAGACGGUGUGAGUCGCCUCCAUGGCUCUAUGCAGAAUGUGUCGACGGGGCGGUCAAGGACACCUACUAGCCCACUGGAUGAACUUACAAACCUGUUCACGACCGGCAGGAACAUGUUGAAGAAAAACGCCAGUGGCAGGAAGUCGAAAGAGCCCGGAGAGACUGAGUCCAAAAGCAAGUCUCACAGCGAGUCCAAGCGUGAAGGCAAGGAGAGGCACAGUCAUAGCAAGGAGUCAAAGAGAGACUCAAAGGAUCGCCACAGCAAAGACUCCUCUCAUCGCAGGGACAGAGAAAAAGACAGAGACCGGGACAAAGACAAAGACAGAGGCAGCGGCAGCAAUGCGGAGCAACUGUCCCACAGACGCAACAGCAAAGACCGUACUUGUAGCAGUGUAGAUGCACCACCUGUUCGCAGGGACAGCAGGGACCAGGGCUGCAGCAGUGCAGAGCCCAUCCCACUGAUAAGAAGAGACUCUAAGGACAGAGGGAUCAGC